AUGUGGGAACUGAUAUCGACUAUUCCACUAUUACCGAUGAAUUCCUCCAAACUUCAAGUGCUCAUUUGGACCCUUCUGGUCGUAUUCACCAGUCGGACCUUUUCCAAUCUCACUAACACCACCAUAACUCCCACUAACAAUACCAUCUCUUCCAUCCUAAAUCGUCACCGUCGAGUUGUCUCGACAGCCGGAGUGGGGGAUCUUCCACCCCAGAGUGAGAUCUGUAAGGAGUUUGUGGAGUCCAAGGUAGUACUUAAAGGCGCCAAGGCAGCCUCACCAGCAGACAUCUUCAACAACCUCUCGAUUGGAAAGGACUUUGCCAUGACUGGACGAAAAUACGCCAAAAACUACGUCUUUCAGUCACCAAAUUAUCCACGCAAAUAUCCAAAGAACAUUGACUGCUUUAAACUCAUCGUUGCUCCAUCACAGGACCACCGGAUAUUCCUUCAAAUCUCCCAGCCCUUUGCCCUUGAGCCUGAUUCUCUCUGUACCACGGAUUUUCUCGAAGUGCGAGACGGAGCAUUCGGUUUCUCCCCUCUGAUUGGUCGGUUCUGCUCGCGCCUGCCACCUCCUGAAAAUGAGGAAAUUCGAUCCACCAGUCGCUACCUCUGGCUCCGAUUCCGAAGUGAUAACACCCUGCCACACGAUGGCUUUAGGGCGAUCUUUUACUUCCAAAAAGCUGGGCGGUUUAAUGUCAUCCAACUAAAUGAAGAUGAACAAUGGACGAUGCGAAGUGAAUUCUUAACUAAACAACUUGACUACGUUAGUACGGAGGAACGACGGCUUCCCUUGGAAGCUGUCUUCGACAUUCGUUCUCCUCCUGGAACACACAUUCUGAUGCACGUACACCACUUUCAAGUGCCGCUGAUGGCGGCCUGGAGCUGCGACCCAGAUUUUCUGCUUAAACAAAAGGCAGUCAAGUACUGCGAUUACCACUCAGGUUCGGGUUCGGUGAGGGCGGAUUUUUUUACUGAAAAAUCGUCUAAUAUUGUUCAAGUGAGGCAGUACACCCCAUCAAUACCCGAUCCAGCCUCAUACAUCGACGGAACCCACACCUUUCUAGAGAUCUAUACCGAUGGAAUGACGAUUUCUGAGGCCUCUCCUCCAUGCCCCCGUGUUGAUCGAUUUUGCAUCGCCUCCGUGCAUACAGAUCUGUCCGACGCCUCCGGCAGUCCGUCAUCCUCUUCUUCCGCCUCCUCCUCUGGUUCCGCCUCCUCUUCCGAUAAAAACGUAGGCGACGGAUAUGUACGUCGGCAGUUCCUUGUUCCAUCACCGCGUCUAGUGGCUCGACUGAUUGUUGCAAAGCCUUCCAGACCGCUUCUCUCUGCAACUGAGAUUGGACCUGUAGGAGUGCUGGAGGAUGGAGUAGACCCAUUUGGGACGGCGAAGACCCUCGAUAUAUUCUCCAUGUUGCCAAAUUUUACCUUCACCUUAACUACUCUUUCACCACGGGUUAAUGGAGCCUGUGCACCCAAUCAACGCGCAUGUGACGAGGCCUACUGCAUUCAGACCAGCCAUUGGUGCGAUGGAGUAAUCAACUGUCCACUGGGACAAGAUGAGGGCGACGCCGCAUGCAAUCCAGGUCAGAGUCUUGUUCCUAUUUUGCAUGACUUUCUCAAACCCCUUUGUGAAGGGAAUGAUUAA